AUGGCGGCACUGGUCGCACCACAACAAGUGCUCGCCUACCGCUGCGGCGCCUGCCGGCGCCACCUCUUCGACGCGACGGACGUCGUCCACGGUCUCACUGGAGACGAGUGCGGCAGCUUCGUGCUCGAGGAGCCACUCGAAUGGAUGACGCAGCAGCUCCAGGGCGACGGUGGCCGCCUGUGCUGCGAAUGCGGCGCCAAGCUGGGGCAUUGGUCGUGGACCGGCAUGCGGUGCGGCUGCGGCGAAUGGCUCGCGCCCGCCUUCUCCAUCGCCAAAUCGAAGGUCGACGGGCGCGCGGCGAAAAGCCGAUCGCGCGGCGAAACGAGUGGUGUCCAGGAGCGGCUCGGCGUGUCGCUGCCCUGGCUGCGCGUCGACCCGCCGCGGCGCGUCGUCGUCUACGUCGGCGACGGCGACAGAGACUCGGCGAAGCGCAGUGUGGAUGCGGCAUGGGCGAACCGGGCCGUGCGCGAGGCGUUCUGGCUGUUUUUGUCAUCGGAUGAUGCGGCGCCGGAAGACGUCUCCGCCUUGAUCCGCGAGGUGCGUGCGCGGGGCGUGGCCGACGUCGUCGCGGCGGGCGCCGGGCGCGGCGCGGCCGUCGUGAGUGCGGUCGAGUGCGAGCGCGUGGCGCUGAUCGCGCCGCCCGCGGACGUCAGUCUCAGGGCACGGCGCGCCUUGGUCUGCUGCGCGAAAGGCGACGACCGGUCCUGGGGCGACGCGACGGUCGAGGUCUACGCAGGGAUCGACGCGGCAGCGCCCCCAGCAGGAGUCGUCCGCGCGCUCUGCGCCUUUGUAUGUACUUAA